UUGGAGUCUGUGGUUCGUGAACCUCAGGAUUCAGAGAGAGUGCAUUCCACCUCGGGGAGUCUUCAUCCAACUUUCAGCAAAGUCAGACACAAAUUACAACUACGUCCCUUCCGUAAAAGUAUUAUAAGUAAAUUCCUAAAUAAGUGUUACUAAUAGAGUCAUUUGUAUUCAGUGAGCUGGAGAGAAUUAAAUAAUUACUAAGUGCAAAGUCUGAAGAGGUGUGUGUGACUGUAGUGAAAGAUUCUUCCUGCCCUGCCUGAGCCAGACCUGUAUAAGACCCCUGGAUAAAAACUCAUCUCUACCAAUUACAGAACAGAACCCAGAUACUCCCAUCUUUCCCUACUUGCGAGACACUUAAUGAUAGUACCGAAACCGAACUGUCGCCUACCAGCACCAGCAACCAAAAUCUUCCUCCCUUCCCACCUAAUUUCUUGCCAUCCACAAGAAGGAGGAGGGCGGAAACUCCAGUGGAGGUGUCUAGAAAGAGGUGCAGGUGAAAUGCAACACAAGGAAGGAGAGGACCCAGAUAAGUGGAGACCAACAUAAAGGGCCCAACAAAGUGAGCGGUUAGAGUUUCACAAGUGGUGAAGAGGAAUAUCACAUACGUUCAUGGAUUUUGUUGCUGGGUGGCAACUGUCCCGAACCCUGGGUGAAGGUUCCUUUGGAAAAGUAAAGUUGCUGACACACAGGAGUUCAGGAGAGCAAGUCGCAAUGAAAGAGAUCGACUUGGAGAAACAUUCAGGUGCACAAAGCAGCAUACAGAAAGAAGUGUUCAUUCAUAGAAUGGCGAACCAUCGGAACAUCAUCCAGUUUUAUGGAAACCACCGCGAAGGACAUGUAGAGUACAGCUUCCUUGAGUUUCUGUCAGGAGGCGACCUCUUUGACCGCAUAGCUGCAUGAUACCAGUGCAAUUUUACUGACACUUGUUCGUGUGCAUCGCAGAGUUGCUCCUCUGAAUAUCAGGCAAGUAUAGAUGGCAUGAAUGUUUAGUUAUAUUGCUUUUUUGUAGUCAAGGGAUUUCUGACAUCUGUGGAGGCAUUCCAUAACUAACAUUUCUGUCUGAAGUAAAGCAUAUUAUGUACAUUAUAUGCAACAUACCCCAUUAGCAAGAUUUGACAGACGUGACUGAUUUAAGAAACAGUUUUGGGUCAUAAGUUUUGAAUGCUGUGACAUGCAGGCCUCAAGGUGUUCAAGGAAUGCUGGUGUAAUCUUAAGUGGACAGGAAUUUGAAAAACGAUUGGGCAAAAAAUUUGUUAAACCCAAUGAAACUGACUAGUUACAUGGAAAUUUUUGAAAACACAUCAUCAUAAAAAGAUUUGAGGUCUUGUAAAAGUUGAACACAUCUUCAACAUUAAACUGUUUAGUAAACUUUUGCAGUGAGGGAUAUUUGUGUGUGCAUGUGGUUUUGGGAGAAUCUAAGAUUCCCAUGUUUCGUUGGUCAGUCAGAUUGAUCGUGGCCUUCGC